AUGGCAACGGUUAAUGGAAGAAGUGCUAAAUGGAAUACAGUGUUUUUGGAUGAUAUACGCGUGACUGGUCCAAAUGACAAAGUACAUUUGCAACGUCUUGAAGAAGUGCUUAAACGUUUAUGCCAAUACGGUAUGCGAAUUAACUUGGACAAGUGCGUAUUCUUUGCGGACCAAAUAGAGUAUUGUGGUUAUAUUAUCGACCGCCACGGAAUACACAAAGUGCGACAGAAAAUCGACGCGGUACAGAGAAUGCCCACUCCCGAAAACAAAGAGCAAGUUCGAUCCUUCGUCGGCUUAGUGAAUUAUUAUGGACGUUUUCUUCCUAAUCUGAGCACGAUGAUCUACCCACUGAAUAGACUAUUGCGAAACAACGUGCCUUUCCAAUGGUCGAAGUCGUGCGAAGAAGCCUUUAGAAAAGUGAAACAGGAGAUGCAAUCUGACAGCUUUCUGGUGCAUUACAAUCCCGAGUUACCACUGGUGUUAGCAACCGAUGCAUCACCCUACGGAGUUGGAGCCGUGCUAAGCCACGUUCUGCCGGACGGAUCAGAGCGGCCGAUACAAUAUGCGUCACAGACUUUAAAUGAGACUCAACGGAAAUACAAACAGGUUGAUCGAGAGGCGUACUCAAUUGUUUUCGGAAUUCGACGGUUCCACCAAUAUUUGUAUGGACGUAAGUUCGUUAUCUACACGGACAAUGAGUCUGUCAAGCAGAUUUUCUCCGAAACGAAAGGACUGCCUACUAUGUCGGCCUUGAGAAUGCAGCACUACGCCACGUUCCUGCAAUCUUUCGAUUAUACUAUCAAAUUUCGCCCUACUAAACAGCAUUACAAUGCGGAUGCAUUCUCGCGGUUGCCGAUAGAUACAAAGCAACCAGAUAACGUGGUAGAAGAAGCUGACAUGUUGGAAAUUAGCAUUAUCGAGACGAUGCCGCUUACAAUACAGGACUUGGCUAAAGGAACUUCGGUAGACGGUUCAGUCAAAAUUCUGUACCAGGGACUGCAAAAUGGAAAAACAGUUGAUGCCAAAGAUCGUUUUGGAAUCGAUCAGAACGAAUUCUCAUUGCGAGGAGGUUGCAUCAUGCGAGGAAUACGGGUUUACAUUCCUGCUGGAUUACGGACAAAGGUGCUCAAUGAAUUGCAUUCCACCCAUUUUGGGAGUACGCGUAUGAAGUCACUUGCCAGAGGUUAUGUCUGGUGGGAACGAAUCGACAGGGAUAUUGAAGAGUUGAUCAAUAGCUGCGCUUCUUGUCAGGUUGUACGUCCAAAUCCUGUGAAAGCACCGUUACAUUGCUGGGAACCUGCUACACAGCCAUUCGAACGAGUACACGUUGACUUCGCUGGACCGUUCAUGGGUAAAUAUUUUAUUGUUUUUGUCGACGCAUACACUAAAUGGCCAGAGGUAAAGAUUUUAAGGGACAUAUCGACUGCUACAACUAUCAAAGCCUGCAGAGAUUUUUUUUCAGUCUACGGAAUACCUUGCGUGUUAGUCAGCGAUCGCGGUGUUCAAUUCACUUCAGGUGAGUUCCAGAAAUUCCUAGAAUUGAACGGUGUUUUCCACAAAAUGGGCGCACCAUACCAUCCAGCAACAAAUGGCCAGGUGGAAAGGUUCAUCCAGACCUUCAAAUACAAAAUGAAAGCCCUUCAAUGUGACAAAUCAAGAAUGCACGUGGAACUUUGCAACAUUCUGUUGACUUACCGCAAGACAAUCCACCCUUCUACCGGUAAGUCCCCUUCUAUGAUGCUCUUCAAUCGCCAAAUUCGCUCUCGCCUUGAUUUGAUGCUGCCUGGUCCUACGUACUCGCAGAAGAUUGAUCCCAAAGUACGAACUAUUCCCGAGGGAGGAAGAGUUGCAGCUCGUGAUUUCUUAGAUAACGAAAAGUGGAAAUACGGACGUGUCCUCGAGAAGCUAGGAAAACUGCACUACACGGUGCAGUUGGACGAUAACCGUAUAUGGAAACGGCACAUCGACCAACUACGUGGAGUAGGUCCGAACUUGCAAAACAAUCGCAGUCCAUCAGAGAUACCAAAUUUGCCAAACGUGCCUCGACAGUCCGUUACCGUUACUACUGUCUCGAAUAGCAUUACUGUGCCGACUUCCCACGAACUGUCCACAACAACGAACUCAGGUCCACCAAGCUCGAGGGCCGAGCCAGCUGCGUCGCCUCCAUUGUCAGAGCUGAUAUCAACUGUUCCGGCUGCGGGUGAAACAACCAAGCCAGCUGCAGAAUAUGGACCAAGUACAGGGUCGUAUCAUCAAAUGCUGAGAAGAUCUACGCGAGUGGUGAAAGCACCCAAGAGAUUAGAUCUUUAA